CAGUUCAAACUCGGUUCAAUUUUUUUUAUAUAGUUUCGAGAUAGGAUAAACCAAGUUUAAACUCAGGUCAGUCAUAAAGUCAUUCUAAAAUAAAGUCAAUCUAAAAUCUAUCAGCCAAGUUCAUGGAGGUGUUAUUGCUGAACAAUUGAUUGAUGAUUAUUCGCAGUCGGCGGUGGGCCGGUGCCGGUAUGGUUAUUCAUAUCAUAUCUCGCCGCCAAGGCUCACCGGCACCUUUGAUAGCACUGGAGAUUUCGGAUUGUUGAUUUCUGGAGACGUAAGCAUAACCUAGCGACAAUGUCACGACGUUUAACAGACAGCGAAAAAUUACGUUCGUUUCUAAUCGUAACGUCGAGUGGAGUGGCGAUAUUCGCGGGUAUAAAUCUUUAUCAAGGAAAUGAGCGAUUUUAUAGGGAAGUGGCGAUGCCAUUAGCGCGUUUUGUAGAUCCAGAAAAAGCUCAUAAUCUUGCUGUCACCGCACUCAAAUGGGAUUUGAUACCAAGGCAAAGUAAUUUAGAAGAUGGAAAACUGCUGCGUACGACGGUAUGGGGUUUAAAAUUCGAAAAUCCCUUGGGAAUGGCUGCUGGUUUUGACAAACAAGGAGAAGUUGUGAAAGGUCUCACCAAAACAGGUUUUGGCUUCGUUGAAAUAGGUUCUGUAACACCGAAGCCACAGUUUGGCAACCCAAAACCAAGGGUUUUCAGACUUGUGAAUGACAAUGCAAUAAUAAACAGAUAUGGUUUCAACAGCGAAGGUCACGAGGCAGUGUGGGAACGUUUGAAAGCGCUAAGAGAGGAUCCGACUUUUGAUGGAAUAAUUGGAGUCAAUUUAGGAAAGAACAAGAUAUCAGAAGAUUCCUCAGAGGAUUAUAUUGAAGGGAUAAAGAAAUUUUCAGAUGUGGCAGAUUAUUUGGUGAUCAAUGUUUCAAGUCCCAAUACUGCUGGAUUAAGGAACUUGCAGAAUAAGAAGAACCUUGAAGAUUUAUUGUGCAGAGUCAAUGAAGCACGCAAACACAUGGAAAGGAAACCCCCCUUGCUCCUAAAAUUGGCUCCUGACUUGAGUAAAGAAGAGCGUAAAGAUAUCGUGGAAAUAGUUUUAAAAACCAAGUGUAAAGUCGAUGGUCUUGUUUUGUCAAAUACUACAGUGUCGAGGGAAAAUUUAGUUGAUUCAAAAAAAGAUGAAACUGGUGGUCUGAGUGGCGCACCGUUGACCGACAUAUCAACAGCGAUGAUUUCAGAAAUGUACAAAGCAACAAAAGGAAAAAUACCAAUAAUCGGUGUUGGUGGCAUAUUCUCUGGCCAAGAUGCAUAUGAGAAAAUCAAAGCAGGUGCUUCGCUUAUACAAAUUUACACUUCUUACACUUAUCACGGGCCACCCAUUGUAUCAAAAAUCAAAAGAGAGUUGAUCGAUUUGCUCAAAGCUAAUGGUCAUUCUUCCCUUGACGAUGCUGUUGGAAAGUCUUCUCUUUAAGAAACUCUGCUAUUUGCUAACUUGUACAUAAUUAUUCACCUAAGGAUUUUGUUAUCAAGACAAUUAUUGAUAUUGUUUUGAAAACUUGUACAUUGAAUACAGCUUUUGUAUUAGAAUUUCUCUGUUCUAAAGGUUAUUCAUUGUACUAACACGGAAUUAAAGAACCACACAGCUGUUUUAUA